AACCUACGCGGUAGUCGGUACGGUAUUUAAAAAUGGUGCGCGUGCGCGGGAGCGUCGGAAUCAGCUGCAGCGCGCCCGAGCUAUAUAUCAAAUGUAUCCCUGUCAGAGCGAGAGCGCGCUGCGUCGCAGGAUAGCUGACUGCCGAGGCCUGCGGAGAACAAGUGGCUUGGUGAAAGAAAACAGCCAGGAUGGGAGUGCACGAUAACGCAGACUCGAAGUACAGCCUGAUGGGCAGCGGUGGCGGAGGCUCAGGCUUCGCGAAGUUACCUGCCAAGCGACCCAACACCGUUGUCUUCGGCGAGGGCAGCCCUAGGAACAAGCUGCUCAAGCAGCAGCAGCUUGAGGAUGCCAAGAGACUCGUCAGCGGUCGGACACAGCAGCAGCAGCAGUCAGAGAUCACCGACAAGAUGAAGAUCAGCCUUCAGCAGCAGCGGAAGUCGCUGCCUGUCUACAGGCUCAAACAAAAGUUGCUGGAGGAGAUCAGGAAGAAUAACACGCUCAUUAUAAUAGGUGAGACAGGCAGUGGUAAGACUACGCAGAUACCUCAGCUGCUUUUGUCGGCUGGCAUGGCAGGAUCCAGUGGCUGCAUUGGUAUAACGCAGCCUCGAAGAGUGGCAGCAGUCAGCGUGGCCAGAAGAGUGGCUCAAGAGCAGAAUGUGCCACCUGGAAAACUUGUUGGGUAUUGCGUUAGAUUCGAAGAUGUCACCUCCUCAACGACCAGAAUCAAGUACCUCACCGACGGCAUGAUGGUCCGUGAAGCAAUGACUGACGAGGUUCUGUCCGAUUAUUCUAUUAUAAUUCUGGACGAGGCUCAUGAGAGAUCGGUGCAGACUGACGUACUGCUGGGUGUGGCGAGAAGAGCUCAGAAAUUGAGGAACCACAAGAACAUGCCACCGCUCAAGUUGAUUGUCAUGUCUGCCACUAUGGACGUUGACAAGUUUGCCAAGUACUUUCAUGCUCCAGCUGUCUAUCUGGAAGGUCGUCAGCACCCUGUAAAAAUGUUUCACACCAAAAAGCCACAGGAUGAUUAUGCCUUUUCAGCACUUGUUACUGCCUUCAAAAUUCACAGAGAAUCUCCACCCAACCAAGACAUACUGGUAUUUUUAACUGGCCAAGAAGAAAUCGAAGCUGCUGCUGUUGCAGCUCGGCAAGUUGUCAAGCUCUUGGAAGGAAAAGGAUAUCCACAGCUCAAAGUAUUUCCACUUUACUCAGCUUUGCCAACGCAUCAACAAUUGGAAGCAUUUAAACCAUCAGCCCCAGGAAUGAGAAAGUUGGUGCUGUCUACAAACGUUGCAGAGACGUCAGUUACUAUUGGAGGAAUUCGCAGUGUGAUCGACACGGGCGUUGUGAAAGCAAGAACGCACCAUCCGACGACGGGCCUGGACGUCUUGCGCGUAGAAAAGGUUUCUAAAGCCCAAGCCUGGCAGAGAACUGGACGAGCUGGACGCGAGGCUCCCGGUAAAUGCUACAGAACUUACACGCUCGAAGAAUUCGAAAAGUUUAAAGAGAUGCCGAUCCCCGAGAUACAAAGGUGCUCCCUUGCCGGAGUAGCGUUGCAGCUAUUAGCCAUAGGAAUCGAUAUCACGACGUUUGACUUUAUGGAUAAACCACCAGCGGAGUCGAUAGAUACUGCGGUAGCGUGUUUAGAAAAAUUGGGAGCUGUGAAGGGAUCUCCACCGCAACUCACGACCCUUGGAAGAACGAUGUCACUGUUCCCCCUUGAUCCCCGAUUUACCAAAGUCAUACUUGCAUCUGUGGAGCAUAAGUGCUUGGAAGAAGCUCUGACUGUGAUAGCGCUUUUGUCGGGGGAAAACAUUUUUCUCGAUCCGCCAGCUAAGCGCGAGCAAGCAUUGGCUGCCAGAUCAAGGUUUGCAUCUGACGAGGGCGAUCACAUAACACUCUUAAACGUUUAUCGUAGCUACAUGAAUGCUCAGCAGAAAAAGCCCUGGUGUCAUGAGAAUUUCCUGCACUUUAGAAACUUGGACUACGCAGUGAACGUUAGAAAACAACUGGCUUCGCUUACUGAAAGAGCUAAGCUUGAAAAAACUAGUUGUGAGAGCAAUACAGAAUGUCUCAGAAGGGCUUUGCUCGAAGGAUUAAGCGAAAAUUUGGCCGAGUUGCAGAGGGACCAAAAUUACGUUGCGGUAUCGUCUAGACAUCCCGUAGCUAUUCAUCCGUCUUCAAUACUUUAUGGUACAAAGCCUCAGCUCGUGCUAUUUACCGAAGUUGUACUUACCGGCAGGUGUUACAUUCGAGGCUUAUCAGUCAUAGAUCCCACAUGGUUAAAAGAAAAGUCAGGGUCUUCCGGAAAAGCUGAAUGAAAUUGUCAUUGACAUGUUUUUUAUUUUAUU